GUAAUCCUGUCCUUCCAAGUUCCUACAGGCACGCUCAUGUCCGUGGAUCCUUCAUCAAGACCGUCAUUGUCGCCGGUGUCGAACACGUCGUCUCGACACCGCCAUCAUUCACCUACGCGCUCGCCGACUCUUUCUGUGGCAAUGCCGGCACCUCCCAUAGCGUCCACGUCCUCUGUCUCUUCUCCACCGCCUGCUGAUGACUCCCAGUCCCGUCCGUCGCGCUGGAUGAAUUCUCUCCGUAGGAUAGAUUCCCUGUAUCACCUUGCAGAGCCACCACAUCAUGAGCAUCCACAUCCCUCUGUGCCUGUGAAUAUCUCGCACAAGACCCCCUUCGCGCCGCAUGGCAACGCAUCAGAAGCAUCGUCUGUCGUCUAUAUCCCACCCACAGGAGCACCAGGGUACGGUGGGGAAAGCUAUGACUGUGGUACAGGAGUGGUUAUCGAGAAAAAAGCUCUCUACAUUGAUUUGAAGGGAAGAAGGGAGGGAACUGUGAGUGUAUUAGAUGUGCACCUAGCCAACAUGGUUCGAGUUCAUCUUCCCGCUCUCUCCCGCCUCCCUCGCUCAUGGUCACUCCUCUACUCUCUGGACCAGCAUGGCAUAUCACUCAACACCCUUUACACGCGAUGUGAGCAGCUGAAGCCGUGUGGUGCGCUUGUUGUGUUCAAGGACGAUGGAGAUACCGUUUUUGGUGCGUUUGUAAGUGAUGGGAUACGACAGAGCAGGGGAAAAGGACACUAUGGAAGUGGCGAAUCUUUUCUGUGGCGCUAUUCUGGCAAUGAACUGUCCGUCUUUAAAUGGACAGGACGAAAUGGUUAUGUUGCAUUGUGCGAGCCUGACUACAUGAGCUUUGGGGGAGGGGAUGGAGCGUAUGGGUUAUACAUUGAUGGGAAUCUGUUGGAGGGUUCGUCGGCACCAUGUCCGACAUUUUCGAAUGAGCCUUUGUGUUCUCCGGGGAAUAGCGUAAGAGGGAUGGUACCAUUUGAGUGUGUGGGGGUGGAGGUGUGGAGGGUGGGCUGAUUUCAUCACCUUCAUCACCUUUACUUGUACCAUUAUCAUUGACAUUCAGAUUUCCUAUCUCGCAACAUGUAGAUGGACACUAUUGACCAUACCUUUAUCAAAAUUUACCUGACUUUGUUUCAAAACGCAGGCUCCUACCGAUAUAUGCCAAUCCACUUAGUCGUCUGGCUUUAUUUUUGUCCCUC